AUGUGUUCUCAAACCUUUAAAUCACUUCUUUGUAAAGCCUGCGGAGUCAAGUACUCAGGCAGGUUCGACAUAACCUUAUGUGGAAUUGUCAAGGAGCAGUCUGAUUGGGGACAGUGUGGAUCGGCUCGGGUCAUGCCUGAACAAGAGGAGACAGGAAAAGGGGAAUGCACCAAGUGUUCGACGAAGACUAGGGAGCUUGCAGAAGAGCGGAGACUGCUGGAUACUCUGUACUUGUUUGGGCCUAUAAGAUCCCCUUCGUGGCAACAAGAAUACGGCCGUCUUUCCCUUCCGAACUUCAACGAACUCGGCAUAUCUUCUCCAGUAUUCCGAACUUCAAGUUUAUACCGCAACCCUUAA